GGGCCGGCUGCGGGGCGGCUCUGGGGCGGCUGCGGGGCUCCCGGCCGCUGCUCCCGGCCUUUCCGCGGUGGCGGCCGGCGGCCUGGCGCUGGGCGCGCUGCAGGGCGGCGCGAUGGAGCCCGACGAGGGGGAGGACCGCACGCCGCUGCUGAAGGAGCCCCGGCUCGACGGAGCGGUCCCUGCCUGCUGCUCAGCUCGCUACAAUCUAGCACUGCUGGCCUUUUUUGGGUUUUUCCUUCUGUACGCAUUACGGGUGAACCUAAGCGUUGCUCUGGUGGAUAUGGUGGAACCUAACACAAGCUUAGCAAAGAAUACAACUUCCAACGUGUGUCCGGAGCAUUCCUCCACCAUAAAUACUCCUCGCAACACAACGGGGAAAAAGUAUUCUUGGGAUGCUGAUACGCAGGGAUGGAUCCUUGGUUCUUUUUUCUAUGGGUAUAUCAUUACACAGAUUCCAGGCGGAUAUCUUGCAAGCAAAAUCGGUGGGAAGCUCUUGUUGGGGUUUGGUGUCUUUGGUACGUCGGCAUUCACCUUGCUCACUCCCUUAGCUGCGGAUUUGGGAGUUGGCUACCUCAUAGCUGUCCGAGCCUUGGAAGGACUGGGAGAGGGUGUUACCUUCCCAGCUAUGCAUUCAAUGUGGUCUUCUUGGGCUCCUCCACUGGAACGCAGCAAGCUCCUCAGUAUUUCAUAUGCAGGUGCACAGCUGGGAACUGUAGUCUCUCUGCCACUGUCUGGUUUAAUUUGUUACUAUAUGAACUGGGUUUACGUGUUUUACAUAUUUGGUGCACUUGGCGUCUUAUGGUUCUUCUUCUGGAUGUGGCUGGUUAGUGACACGCCAGAAACUCACAAGAGCAUUUCACAUGCUGAAAGGGAAUAUAUACUUGCUUCUCUAAAAGAUCAGCUUUCUACACAGAAAUCUGUUCCCUGGAGGCCUAUGCUGGAGUCCCUUCCACUCUGGGCUAUCGUUGUGGCACACUUCUCUUAUAACUGGACUUUCUAUACACUUCUCACACUCUUGCCCACAUACAUGAAGGAGAUCCUGCGGUUUGAUGCACAGGAGAAUGGUUUUUUAUCUGCUCUACCUUAUUUUGGCUGCUGGUUAUGUAUAAUUCUGUCUGGGCAAAUUGCUGAUUAUUUACGGGAAAAACAGAAGUUGUCCACUGUUUGUGUUCGCAAAUGUUUUACACUAAUAGGAAUGAUUGGACCUGCAGUGUUCUUAGUAGCAGCUGGAUUCAUAGGAUGCAACUACGCGCUGGCUGUUGCAUUUGUGACCAUAUCAACAACACUAGGAGGAUUUUGUACGUCUGGUUACAGCAUCAACCAUCUGGACAUAGCACCUUCGUAUGCUGGGAUUCUUCUUGGGAUCACAAAUUCUUUUGCUACUAUCCCAGGAAUGGUGGGGCCAGUUAUUGCCAAGAGCCUUACUCAUAAUAACACUGUGGGAGAAUGGCAGACAGUUUUCUAUAUUGCUGCUUCCAUUAAUCUAUUUGGAGCAAUUUUCUUUGCAUUAUUUGCAAGUGGAGAAGUUCAGGACUGGGCAGUCAGUGGUUAUCACUUGCAUCGAAACUGAAGGAGACAUUGAAAAUACCAAAGCUGUGCUGAAUCCCAAUGUGCUAGAAUUAUGUGACCAGAAAAGUGCCUUCCCUACUGAUGCCUAGGAACCUUCAGAGCCUUUCAGUUAAAAUAUUUUAUCUGUGUAUCUUUUGUACUGAAAAUCAUUUGACAUUAUGUGUGUGCUAUUUCCUAACAAGAAACUACUUGGAUUAAAUAGAAUAGAUUCAUGCUAGAACUUGAUAUCAAAUAUAUGAUCAGAGACAGCGUUUUAAAUCAGUGUGCUAGGAUCCAUUUCCUUCCAGUUUUUAAUUAAUAUUUUCUGAAUUAAUGUGUAGGCAGAUGUUUGCUGAUACUGAAAUGAGAGGAAAAAGCAAAGUGAUUAUGUAGCACUGUGAGGAGGAAUGGCAUGCAAAGAAUUGUACACAAAAAAAGCGGUGUUUUGAUUUCCAUGAUGAGAUUGAUAGUUUUUCACUGUUUAAAAAGCUAAAAGAUUUCUAGUUUUCUACAAUCUUUUAUAAAGCUUUUAUUUUGUCAGUGUUUUAAUUGAUGUCUAAGAAACGCACACUUGAUUUUACUCUAUUUUACGCACAAGUUUUCAAAUAGAAACAUUCCCUGUUUCAAGAAUACAGCUUCACAAUUGAUACAAAGCAAUGAGGAAGUGAAAUACGCAGUUGUGACUGACAGAAUAAGCCACGUGUUACUGUUCUCUGUAGUGCAAGUUUUCUUAAAUAGGCCUUAUUUUUAUUCAGCUGUGCAAAGAAGAAGCAGUGCAACUCUGGUUUAAAUCUAGGCAGCGUACAAGAAUGAACUAGAAAUAGAGUAUCUGCAUGUUUACGUGAAAAUAACUUUCAAUUUGGCGGUUCGUUUUUGUCUGUUAAAAUCAACGCAGUGGAAUUAUUUCCUCUUUCACAUAGAUAUAUUUGUCAGCUUGUCAGUGUAAAUGCAGUAAAAUAAGGCCAUUGUAGGGAAUAAAUGAGGAAAAUCAGUUCUCCAGUAGCCUUGUUAGUCAGAUAAAAGUAGAAUAAAAAGAACUAGUGCAAUAUCCUGAUGCUAUUAAUCUCCCAUCAGCAUAGAAUUUGACACUCAAGAGCAUCCUUUGCACGACAGGCAAUUAAAUGCCACACACUAAGAUUAAAUUAAGUGUAUGAAAACAGUGGCCUAGUUAAGAACAAAUGGCUGAGUAAUCUUGUAGUCACAAAGCAAAGCAAAAUUCCUGUGCCAAAGAUUCCUGGAUUGGAGCAAUUAGGUAAAAAAAUAAAUAAAAAAUAAAAAUCACUGGGCUCUGGGUUUUUCAUUUACCACCAAUGCAAAAGAAAAGCCCAGUACUAACACUGCUCCAGUGGAGCCUACCUUCCUUCAUUUCUAGGAAAUGGCAUCUGCCUCCUCUUUUUAGCUUUAGCCGUUUGGUUUUGACCUUCCUUGAAGUGUCAUGUUCUCUGAUGGUGGAACUGUGUUUAAAUCUGUGUUUGUCUGCAGCAUUUCCACAAUAAACAAUGUGAAGUUCAGAUGGAAACAGUAGUUCAGUGAGAGUAUGUUAAGGCUAUAUUGUAUCUUUAUUGUUUCCACAAUAAAUGGAACGAGUAUUUA